AUGUCUAUAGUCCAUGGUCUCAUUGGUUUGGUAACAAUUCCAAUGGAAGAAGAAGAGGAAAAAGGUCUACCGAACGGAGCACCUUUGAUAAACUCACAGAAGACAGUUCAACAUAUGAUUGAGCGACAGAAGGUGAUUUAUCAGGAGAAAGUUCUACAGUACGCUCUAUGGCGAACACAAGACAAUCCAGAGGAACAACAAGGACAAAUAAUACUGCAGGUCACCGGAGCAAUAUAA